AACAGGAUGAUGUCUUGGUAGAACUCUCAAAACUCGCCCCUAAAAGUCUCAACAUGGACUCCACUUUAAGACUUUCUUUCUCACUACUGCACUACUCAGUAAAAUGCGGACAGUUUCCACUUAAAAGAGAUUUUGACAAAGAAGCUGCCGAGAGCAAAAAAAAUAUGCAAGGUUUAAUAGAUUCUUUAAAAGCAAUAUCUUCUGAGAGUUCAAAUUCAUUGCCACGUAAAUCUAUACUGCGCCUUACCAAACGGAGAUUUGCAACACAGGAAACCAUAUUGGAGGAUUUGCUGGCGGCAAGAAAGAUCAGCUGUAGUAUCAAAGUUAGAACAAGGCUUUUCACUGGAGGAGAGGUCCUGGAACCCAGGGACAUCAAAACUCUGACGGGCCGUCAGUGGCUAAAUGAUAAGGUGAUCAAUGCAUAUCUCGCUGUUUUGCAACGGGAACAUAACAACCAGGAGAUGGCACAUAUUUUUUGUAUCCCUUCAUACCUGGCAGUUCUCUGGGACAGCAACAAAUUUGAUCAUUGGCUCUUUUCCAAGGUGAAAUUUUCCCUUUUGAAGUGGGUGUUUAUGCCUAUCAACAUCCAUGGUAUGCAUUGGGUGUUGCUGGCUGCAGAUGUCCAACGAGGGGAAAUCAGCAUUCUCGAUUCCAUGUGGGGCAACAACAAGAACCUGGUGCAGAAAUGGAU